AAUGUCAACAAAUGAUGAAAAUCAGAUAGGAAAUUGAAAUGUCUUAGAAUAAACCUUUAAUAAUUUUACAUCUGUCUUUUAAUCAGUUAAAAACAAAUUCAAUUUUAUCAACAAUUCAGUUGCUUUUUUAUUUCGCUCAUCAACACUUGUCGAAAUGGACAAGUCAAAAGAUAACAGCGAAAAGUCUGAAAGUGAAGAAAAAUUGGCAUAUUUUAUAGAAACAUUUCAGGAAGUUUUGAGCCCACUGGAGCCAACAAUAAUGAAAUUACAAAGUUUACUGGUCUGGGAGAAUCCAAUGAAAAGCACUGCCAUGAUAGCAGGUGUUCACUGUAUUUUCUGGUUUUUCAUGUAUAGUGGUUGUAGAUUUUACUCAACUCUGAGCACUGUGAUAAUGGUUUUAUUUUUUCUCCACACAUGGAAAAAGAAAAUUUGGCCAGAAAUAAGAGUUCCACCUAAAAGUCCAGACAUAGAUGAAUGGACACCUGUACAUCCAAGGUUACUAAGUGUGCCUGAAAUAUGUAAACAUUUGAGUUCAACAUGGUGCUACCUUUUAAACUGUGUGAAUUGGUGGACAACAUUAAGGAGAGAGCGUCCCCUUAAGUUUUGUAUUGAGACUAGUUUCAUAUUUACCUGUCUGGCUGUGAUAGGACAUUAUAUAUCAGAUGUUAUGCUGUCAUAUAUUAUAAUAAUGAGCAUCAUCUUAUGGCCAUGUUUACAGUAUCAUAAUUUAUUGAAGAAAAUCUACAUGAAAUUUGAGCCAAUAUUUAUGAAGCUGGAUUAUUCAAUUAAAGUGAAAAAUAAGUGGAGAUAUGAAGGAGAAAGAGCAGCUGUAACAACCAGUGAAAAUACCGACGAUGAAGGAAUGUUGACAAGCUCAGUAUGUGCUGAUAACGAAAGCGACCUUGAGGAUUUUUAUCCUUCUGAUCCAAUGAUAUCAGCAGCUCUAGCCCGUGCAAUAACAGACAGCGAGGACGAGGGUGGUACACCUUCAACAUCUCUCACACCAGCACUCUCCAAACAGCCCUCUGUUAUCAACUCAGAUGAUGAAAAUAAUCAUGUUGAGGAAAUGGAAUCUGAGUUUGCUCUCAGUAUAGACGUAAUGCCAUCAUUUAGUGACAUAUUGGAUCACAGUGACGACGACCUUCUGGACGAUCUACCAAGCAUCGAGCCACCUAGAUCAAGUCGUGAAAGCUCAGGUGAUAGUAUCAGAUUCAUACCUUCACAUUUUGAAGAAUCAGAUGAAGAGGAAACUUUAGCACAUGACUUGCCAAGAACUGAAAGACAGAGAAUGUCCAAAAAAGAUUCUAGGCAGCGUAAAGUUGCGGCUCAGUCUGGGGAACAAGACAUUAUGACCCAAGCUCUGUCUACUAUGGUAAGUUCAGCUAUUCAGAACACUGUAAUGGGAACACUUCAAAAUUUGGCGGCAAAAUCGAAUCCAAGGUUGGCGCAGUCUUCUGGUGAUAGAUAUGCAAGCAUUCAUAGUGACUCUGAUGAUGAGGUAGAUGAUCAUGGUCAUGAAGGCGCUCAUAAAGCAAGAAGAGGAUCAGGGGAAACUGCAAGUUUAGACAUUGAGGAAGAGUUUGACUUUCUAGAGGAAUAUGAUAUUGGGAGUGCUGAGGAAAAGGAUUGAACAGUGUCAUCAGCAUUUUUAAAUAUUUCUUGAUUUUGUUAUGGUAGUAGUUAUUUCCCCCAUAGAAAUGAGCCCGUUAGUGUCAUUGAAUUGUUCUGUGAGUGUAACUGAUAAUGGUACUGCCCACUUUUUUUGUCUGGUAUAGAAACAAGCAUGUGAGAGAUCAUGAUUUUGAUGAAAGAUAAAAAAACAUGCUAUGAUUUGACAAAAUAAUGACAUGACAAUAGUUAAGUGCAUGGUUUGAAGUUAUUUGCUACUCACAGUUUAGCAUAUUGUAAUUACACAUUAUUUUCUAUAUUUGCAUGUUAUAAUUUAAGUAUACAGUACAGGCUUGUUUUGUUAUUCAUCAUUGACAAAGCACACACAGUUAAUGUAUUUUGGUUUAUUUGUAAUAUGUUAUUUAUGUCAUUUAUGUGAGCAUAUGCAGGUAACAUUUAAAACAGAAUGUAAAGAAAAAGAUUUUAUUUAUAACAAUAAACCGGGCAAGGCAAUUUUGGAAAGUAUAUGCAAAUUCUUGUAUAUAUUUUUGUAUAAGAGAUCAGAAGAAAUCAAAAAUGAAUUGGAGAUAAUAUGAAAUGAUAAUGUUACGCUAAGAUCUUGGGGAAUAAUCAGAAGUGACAUGAUCACAAUCUUCUUGUGGAAGAAAGUUUUCAUGCAAAGAGGAGAUAUACAUAAUGAAAUGAUGAUAUUUGAUAGUAAGUUAAUCAGGUAUAAUCAAAUAUAGCAUGUUAACAAUUGUCUUGUGGUUGAAGUACUAUUACAUUGAAGUUAGUGUAAUAUGGCCAAUGAUAUAUGGGAGGCAGUGGUUAAAAGAACACAUAUCAAGAAAAGAUAUUUGUAAGAUUAUGACAAAAAAGAAUUUAUAUUUCUGAUAUUAAAUUUGUUGUUAAAGAUUCUGUAACAGUUUUUUCUUCUUGAAAGUUUCUUUAACAUAAUAGUAAGAAUGUGUACACCAAAAUGUUUUAUCACCAUAUUUUGUUAAUUUUGAUCAAGAUUAAAGAAUUCUAUAUGGGAUGUAUUAUUGUUAGAAAUUUAUAGCCUUGAGUUCAUAUUUUAAAUGUUUUAAUUACAUUUGAUAUGUAUUUGAAGAAGAAUUAUGAUUUUUGUACAGUUGGUGUAACAUGCAAAUGAAAUUAAUGAUGUUAUCUUCAUUCAUCAUUGAUGUAUCCUAUUAAUUAUUUCAAAACUUGAAAGCAAAAUUUUGACAUAAUGUGACACCAAUUUAUCUUUUCAAAUUUCUAAAUUGCUUUGGUGUUUUUAGAUAGUAACAUUUGCUUUGAAGUAUAUUAUUUUGAUGUUGAAGGCAAUUGUCUAUAAAUAUUAUAAUAUUAAUAUGCUACCAUCAUUUUUGUGUGAUUUGUUUCUUAACUUGUCAUAUUAAUCAUUUUUAAUACCCCUAACAGUGCUUUUGUAUAACUGUUUUGUCUUAUUCUCUAUAUGGAACUGUUUGCAAAUAUUCCUAUAAACAUGAAUUCUUUUUAUCGGUGAGCUAAAUAGAAGUAAUUGGUAAUGAGAGGAAAGCUAAGUAGUCACUAAUUGAUAUUCCAAUUAGUCGAAGUAAGUAAAUGAUUUAUGGGGGAGGUGUGCCAAAAAAGUAAAACACAGUGACUUGUUGUUGUUCUUGCAGUGACGCCUUAUUUGUGCUAUUUAUAUAUACUGGAAUAAGUUAUAUAUUUUAUUAUCAUUUUUAAUCUGUGUACCAUUCUUAGCUGUGUUAUUUGAUUAUUUUUUUGUCCUUUGUCCUGGUGUAUUUUACACCACAUGUGUUAAUCUAAGUACAUAUUAUGUUUGCUUAUGUCAUUGUGGUGUGAAAAAAAAAUGUACUUUUGGUUGUUUUUAAAAUUUUACUUUACCAUCUAUUACAUUAUAUACAUUUACUUAUUGGUAGCAUAAAUACUUAAAUCUUUAA